AUGGCUUCUCAUCUCUCUUCCCUUACAUCCUCAGCUCUUUCAGGUUCCGUUGUGCAUCAUUCUAAACCUCCCUCAAACCGCUAUGCCAAGUUGAAGCCAGUUCGAUCACAAAUAAGUUCCAAUUUGGAGGAUGAGACAUGCUCACUUGGUAGUUUUGAUCAAUCACGAGAACCCAUCAAGACAGAGACUUCCCAUAUUGCAACCUCUCGUCGUCGGUGUCUGACCUGUUUAUGUUCAACUAUGGCAUUGAUAGUAGCUCCAAGGUUUUCUGAUUCCGAUUCCAAGGCAAAUGCUUUGGAUGGCAAUGAAAACCCCGUGUGCCGUAAUUGUGGGGGAAGUGGCGCAAUAAUCUGUGAUAUGUGUGGUGGUACAGGAAAAUGGAAAGCUCUAAACAGAAAACGUGCAAAAGAUGUUUAUGAGUUCACAGAAUGCCCAAACUGUUAUGGUCGAGGGAAAUUAGUAUGUCCUGUAUGCUUAGGGACAGGUUUACCAAACAACAAAGGCCUUCUUAGGAGGCCAGACGCACGACAGUUGCUCGAUAAGAUGUAUAAUGGCCGUUUGCUACCGAGUUCUUAG